GUUGUUGCUUGUGUACUGUAUAGGCAGCACAGCUGGAUUCCAUAUGUUAUAAUAAAUACCAAGUUCUUUUGCAGUACAUUUUUCUUGUAUAGUACAAAUUACCUUCAACAUAUUUUAAAAUAAAACGUCCCCCUGCUUAGCUGUACUACAGCGAUAAGUAGACGGCACAAGUGUCACACAUUACCACUAUCUGUAAUACUUGCUCACACAGUAUCCCAGGAAAACUAAUUUAACCAUGCAGUUCAGCAAAGUUCAUGAAAAUACUCAACUCUAUUCUAAAGAUAAGCAUAAAAGCUGCUGCUCAGUUGCUCAAAUGUUACUUUUGUUAACAAAAAGUAGUUUUUGCAUGGAACUUCAUGCAAAAAAAUGGAACUUCAACACAUACUUUCUAAAACUCAUCUUUUUCUGCUCUGUUCAAAAUUAAUGGGUUCUUUCAAAACCAUGUAUCCAUGGAGCUUCCCAAUUUGAUGUUGUGGAAACCUGGACACAGUGUCUGUACCAGUGGGGGUCACUUUUCUUUUCAUCUUGCAGGAUCAGCUAUAAUGACUUGAUGUCAGAAUAUGCAGAGACAGCUCAAGAAGAGGAAAGUUUGAGCAUGGCAGCAGGAUUCCCUUCUUCUCUGUAGACAGAUCACUGCAGCCUUUGAUAUGCAAAGACAUUGUUUUCAGCUAUGCCCUGAGAUAUAAAAGGGAAGUGCAAGAUACCAAACAAUCAAAACCUGAAGAAAAGUAUUCUAAGUUUAGAAAAGGGAGUGGGGGGUAUAGUCUUAAUCCACAUUUUUGAAACGGUGUCAUCUUCUCCAAAGAGACCUCCUUUCACUUUUCUCUCUUCAUUUUGACGUAAUUUUGAGAGAAGGGAUAAAAAAUUCCAGGAACUUAAUGAGCUUUAGUGCUUUCAUUUUAAUCCUACAUUUCCACUAAUACAAUACUGGCAAUAAAUGAAGGGUUGACUAUAAAAUGGGGCAAAGAGGAAACAGUUUAUAAUCUAAAAAGGUAAAACAAAUGCACUUAAUUUCUCAUAAGAUGUAUGCCUACUAGAGCUUCUGUUUUGCUUAAUACAGCAUAUAUUUUUACAGCCUACUUUGAAAAGUUUUAAAAGUUCUAAAGAACAGCGAUUUAAUGGAUGCUUUUUAAUUCACCAUUCCCUUGGUAGAGAAUAUCUCUAAGAAAGUGGGGCUCUCUCCUCCCCCCUUUUAUGGUCACCCUUCUUCUAUGAAAAAUGAAAAUAAUUUGCCUCUAUGUCACAGUAAUUUUGUAUCAGUGCAAAUCUCCCAUUGCUGUAGAAGUAUUACCGAUCUACCAAAUCAGGACUUCAUGAUGCUUGCUUGAAAUUGCAAAAGACCAUUUUAAAACAGAGACUGUGUUUAAAUCUAAUACUUUAUGAUGGACCAGAAGCAACUCUAGUUAUACUCGUAUUAGGGGAGCUAAACAAGUAUAAAUCAGCAUGCAGUUUCUUCAUAGCAUUUUAAUUUUAGGGAUCACGCUCAGUUUACUGGAGUACAUGCAGUCAUGAGAGGGAGAAGCAAAUAGAUCUUAAGGCUUUUUUUUUUUAUUUCAGGUUCAACUAUUUCUGUUUCAGACAGAUGCAGCCUACAUGCUCUUGAGGAACAUAUACCUGGUAGCUCAUUGGAUGCCUCUUUGCAACAGUGAUAUGAAGUUAAAAUGCACCAUUCAAAAAUAAUUAAAUAAUUAGAUUUUAUCAAGAAAAAGGAAUAGCCAAGAUGGGGGUAUUUUUCUUUUUCAAAAUUAGAGCAGUCAGAUUAAUAAAAUACUCAUCUAAAUACUGGUUCCACUGUGCAGCAUUUCAAAUGAAACAGCCUGAAAGUUCAAACAGCUUAGCAUAUUGAGUACAUUUCGUAGACAGAACCCACACACUGUCUACCUCAGUUUACCAAGAAUGAAAAGCAAGCUAGUUUAGUUUUCUCCAAGGAGGUUGGACUUCCAUUAGCAAUCAAGGGGGAAAGGCAUCAAAGUUGACAAGCAUUUUUUCACUGCCUAUUGAUUGAGGAUGACUUUACCUUCUACUGGGAGAAAGGAAGGGAGAACUCCAGCAGAACUGCAACAACAUAAGACUAGACAGCAUAACAGGCAUUUCUAAACAGCUCUGUAUUUUGGUGAAUUACCAAUAUUUUGAGAAAAAAAUUGUGCUAGUUGUAUAUAAUAAACAUAGCUCAAUUUAAAUAAGGAUGCAACACAGCUCUGAGUACUAGUGUCCGCCAGUGGUUAUUAAUUGCAUUUUUUUUCUUUUACAGGAAAUUAACAGUUCAAGGAAAGCUUUAGGAGGAGAGUUUUCUUGGAGGAAAUAAUAUGUAUAUGUUUCUUAUGAAGAAAACCGUCUGAAUUAAAUAACAUUUCUACAGUAAAAUAACUUGCAUUCUUUUGCAAGGAGGGAAUUCUUUCUGCAUUACUAAUUCUGAAGAAGCAUUAAAAAGUUAAAGUUGGAGAACGGUUCUUUUAAAGAGGUGUGGAUAUAUCAGGAUGUAGCUACUGUACAAAGUUUAUACUUGGAUAAUUUUGGACAGAAAAAAAAACCCUGUUUCUGACCUCCCGAAGAGGCUAUCAUCAUUCAAGCCUCAGCAUAAUGAAUAGUUUACAUCAUGCAGAGCUGAAAUUACCACCUCUGACUACUACACUGCACAGAAGAGUUUGUAAGAAUUACAAAGAAAGUUAUUCCUGUUAAAAGCAUUAAAGCAAACAAAAGAGGCUCUUCAUUCACAGGCCUUAUAUGAAGACAAAAAUAGAAGUCUUACUGCGGCACAGUGACAGGAAGUUGAAGCUUUUCUGUUCCACAGCCUGGUGUGCUUAUGUACCAUGAUAAAUCUGUGUUGGAAUGUUCAUUGAAUAUAGUGCCAGUAGUCUGGAAACAUACCUACCAAGAAGGAUCGUUUGAGUAAACAUAGUCGAGAAAAAACAACUGCAUGGAGUAAACUGUGAAACAGUGACUCGCAAGAAAAGAAAUAUCCUCAAGCACAAAAUUUACUCAUACCUGUAGAUACGAUUGUUGAAGAUCAGAACUGUAUACAAAUCUCAUCAUUCCUGACCAUGAUUAGUGUAACCUGGAACAUCUUCCUAAUUUGGACUAAAAUAGGGCUGUUACUUGACAUGGCACCUUAUUCUGUCAGUGCCAAACCCUGCCCUUCAGUAUGUCGCUGUGAUGUGGGUUUCAUAUAUUGUAAUGAUCGCGAUUUGACAUCUAUUCCUACAGGAAUCCCAGAGGAUGCUACUACCCUCUUCCUUCAGAACAAUCAAAUAAAUAAUGCUGGGAUUCCUUCAGAGCUGAAGAACUUGCUUAGGGUGGAAAGAAUAUAUUUAUACCACAACAGUCUAGAUGAAUUCCCUACCAACCUCCCUAAGUACGUUAAAGAACUGCAUUUGCAGGAAAAUAAUAUAAGGACCAUUACUUAUGAUUCACUUUCACAAAUUCCUUAUUUGGAAGAACUGCAUUUGGAUGAUAAUUCAGUUUCUGCCGUUAGCAUUGAAGAUGGAGCUUUCCGGGACAACAUGUAUCUCAGACUUCUUUUUCUCUCUCGAAACCACCUUAGCACCAUUCCCUGGGGUUUACCUAAAACGAUUGAAGAGCUACGCUUGGAUGAUAAUCGUAUUUCCACGAUUUCAGAGCUGUCCCUUCAAGACCUCACAAAUCUAAAACGCCUUGUUUUAGAUGGAAAUCUUCUAAAUAAUCAUGGACUGGGAGACAAAGUCUUCAUGAAUUUAGUCAAUCUUACAGAACUGUCAUUGGUCCGCAAUUCACUUACAGCCGCCCCAGUAAAUUUGCCAGGAACAAAUCUAAGAAAGCUCUAUCUGCAAGAAAACCAUAUAAAUCGCGUGCCACCUAACGCUUUCUCUUACUUAAGGCAAUUGUAUCGACUAGAUAUGUCCAAUAACAAUCUUAGCAAUUUACCUCAGGGUGUCUUUGAUGAUCUGGACAACAUCACUCAGUUGUUUCUUCGCAACAACCCAUGGCACUGUGGGUGCAAAAUGAAAUGGGUACGUGACUGGCUACAGUCAUUACCUUUAAAGGUUAAUGUGCGUGGACUGAUGUGUCAGGCACCAGAAAAAGUACGUGGAAUGGCUAUCAAAGACCUCAACGCGGAACUAUUUGAUUGUAAGGAUGAUGGUGUAAUAAGCACCAUCCAAAUCACUACCGCAAUACCAAACACGCUACAUCCGGCCCAAGGACACUGGCCAGUUUCUGUGACCAAACAACCAGACAUAAAAACUCCCAAUCUGAAUAAGAACUACAGAACCACAGCAAGCCCAGUACGCAAAAUUAUUACAAUAUUUGUGAAAUCUGUAAGCACGGAGACUAUUCAUAUCUCUUGGAAAGUUGCACUACCAAUGACUGCUUUAAGACUGAGUUGGCUCAAGAUGGGUCACAGCCCUGCCUUUGGAUCUAUAACGGAAACAAUAGUUACAGGAGACAGAAAUGACUAUUUACUUACAGCUCUGGAACCAGAAUCACCCUACCGUGUAUGUAUGGUUCCCAUGGAAACCAGUAACACCUACCUGUCAGAUGAAACGCCUGAAUGCAUCGAGACUGAAACAGCACCUCUUAAAAUGUACAAUCCUACAACAACCCUGAACCGAGAACAAGAGAAAGAACCUUACAAAAAUUCCAGUUUACCCUUGGCUGCCAUUAUAGGAGGUGCCGUGGCUCUAGUAGCUAUAGCAUUGCUGGCGUUAGUGUGCUGGUACGUUCAUAGAAACGGAUCUUUAUUCUCACGGAACUGUGCGUACAGCAAGGGACGCAGGAGAAAAGAUGACUAUGCUGAAGCAGGAACUAAGAAGGAUAACUCCAUCCUAGAAAUCAGGGAGACUUCUUUUCAGAUGAUACCAAUAAAUAACGAGCAAGUGUCCAAGGAGGAAUUUGUAAUACAUACCAUAUUCCCACCUAAUGGAAUGAAUCUGUAUAAGAACAGCCACAGUGAAAGCAGUAGUAACAGAAGCUACAGAGACAGUGGUAUUCCAGAUUCAGAUCAUUCACACUCAUGAUACUGAAGGAAAUGAAAGACUGAUUUGAUUUUUUAACAAGAAAAGACUGACUUUAAAGGUUGCUGUUCUACUGCAAAACACUGGAUUAAGAGAACUGACAAAGCAAUGUACUGUACAUUUGCCAUAUAAUUUAUAUUUAAGAACUUUUUAUUAAAAGUUUCAAAUUUCAGGCUACUGCUGCGAUUAAUGUAGUGGGGAUACCUGACCACAAUUCUAUAUUUUAGUAUUUUUUAGUAAUUUGUACUGUAUUUUCCUUGCUAAUAUUGAAGUUACAGACCAUUUAACUUUUGUGUUCUACUGAGUAAGAUGACUUGUUGACUGUGAAAGUGAAUUUUCUUGCCGUGUUGAGCAGUCAGAACAUUCAUCUGAGAUCCUUGUAAGUGUAAGCACAGGCCAUUUUUCACUUUGGUAUUAAUAAAAUAAUGUUAAACCUGGCAAAUCAAGAUUAAGAAGUGGUUGCAAAAACUCACAGAACUAUAACGUUGGGUCUAUUAAAUCUGUAAACCACAACAAUAUUCAAUAAACAAAAGUGUGUGUAGUAAUGGGCAAUAUCAGCUGUCUGGAUAUAUCCAUUCAACAGUGCUGAGAUACAAUGUGAAAGAAAAUCAUCAAGCCAAUUAUAUGCAUGAGACAAGCUGCUGAUGAGUAAAAAACUUGAUCCCUGGAAGUAAGUAUAAUGAAAUUCCUAACAAGGAGUUUUAAAAAAAGGGAGGAGGGGGAACAAAAACACCCUAGAUUCUACAAACUACGGGGGUAGAUACAGUUUGGGGUUAGAUUUCUGGUCACCAAAACCAGUUGUUUGCUCAUUAUAGAGAAAACGGUGAUGGAUUGAUCGCAGUCGUUUGGGAGGCGAGGGCAGGAGGACUGACAAAACACUUAGAAAUGGCCUGGAACAGAAAAAGUAUUGCAAAACAAGUUCAUUUAAAAAAAAAAAAAAAUAGGAUAAAA